UUUGGGGACAUCGUCCACCAGUUCACAGAAACAGGUGGCAGCAGGAGUCACCUCUGCUCAUGCUGAGACGCACAAACCCAAAGACAAAGUGGAGAGAAAGGCAGUCUCUGAUAAACCUCGCAGGAGCCUUCCUGCCCGCGCAGUGCCUCGUUCUGUACAGGAGACUCAAAAGUCUGGGCUUCCAAGUGGGGAAGUGCUGGAUUCAGAUGAGCGCUCACCAGAGGAACUGAUCAACAUAUCACAGAGGGUUGAAGAACACAGACAGUCGACUGCAGCACCCGAUGACGAGCUGAAAAUGAAAGACAUGAGGAAGACUCCAGGCUCAGCACUAACAGGCGGAGCGAUGCAUUGUCCUCCACCAGCUGAGCCUCCCUCCGCACCUGGAGAGGAAGAACAGACCGAGGAAGAGGACGCUGAUGAUGAAGACAUUAAGGCACCAGUGGAGCUGAUAAUGGAGUUCCUCAGAGCUGUGAUGGACAGAGACUUUCAGCUGGCCAGCAAGCUGUGUCAGAUGAUCCUCAUCUAUGAGCCAGACAAUCCUGAGGCCUCUGAGUUUCUCCCACUGAUCCACAAGAAGCUGUUGGAGGAGCAAGAGGCAGAGCAAAGCACUGAGGAAGAUGAAGAUGACGAUGAUGAUAACAGCGACUCUGGGAGUAACGAGGAGUCAUCUCAGAGUUCAAGCUGCUCCUCUUCAUCUUGCUCCUCCUCCUCACCAUCAGAUGACGAUGAAGAAGAAAAGCAAGUGAACAGACACAAGCCGUGUCCUCCUUCUCACAUCGCCCCCUGAAAAGGAGACAUUAGUUCUUGUCACCAGAUAUCUCUGCUAACAACAUCUUAUAACUAUUGGAAAAAUGUAUUUAUUUUAAUCUACAAAACUUUUUUGCACAGUCUUUGUGCAUUAUGUAGAUGUGUGUGAAAACCUGCUAAUAAAUAUUUAU